AUGAAGUUCGCUACGACUGUCGCCACCACGAUCGGCCUGAUCGGCGGUGCUGCGUUCGCAACCAUGAGCCCUGCAAACCUCCAAGACACGGGUAAUUCGCUGGCCCGUCAGGCGUUUGACAUCAAGGAUCUUGUCGUGGCGAUCAACUCCACCAUGAACAGCGGCCCGAUGCAGGAUGUCUUCGAGGAGAUCGAUGACAUGUAUGAGGCUGUUCUGUCGAACAUCGCGCUCACCAUCGGUAGCAAGACUCUCACUGAAGAGAGCCAAGAUGUUCAGCUGGUCUACGAAGCUUACUCCUACCUUGCCCAGUCCAUGUUCGAACUCAUGGAUGCGCUCGGCAGCUCCGCAACCAACUUCAUUUCCAUGGAUACUCAGAACGAAUUCCGUGUGCCCGCUUCCGUCCGCGAGGUCGGCGGCGUGGUGGAUGCGUGGAUGUUCAACAUGAUUGGCCUUUUCCCGGCCAACAGCUCCUACUCGGACCAGGCUGCCAACCAGAAGAACCAGGUCGACUCGCAUUUCCGUCGUGCUAUUGCCGCCUAUCACCUGGCUACCGCGAAGACCGAGACACCCUACGGCAACAUCACGAACAUCGUCUCGACCGAUGCUCUGACCUCGACCAUCGCCAAAAUUUUCAACGGUGAUGAUGAGACCUCAGACAGUGACGUUCGUACCACCAGCUUCUAG